GACGGUCGCUUCUUUUUUUGGUUUGUAUGCUAGCAAGCAAGCAAGCAAGCAAGCAAGCAAGCGUCUUGCUUGCUUGCUUGUAUGCUUUGCUUGCCUCGUGGUGUACUACUCUUCCGAGUGCCAUCCAAAGUCGUGGAACAACGUGCUACAUACACGCGGCAGUCGUCGUCUCCUGGGGUGGAUGUGGUGGAGGUGGUGGAGAUGGUGGAAGUGGUCGUGAUGUUGCCAGUAGUGAGGCCACCACCAGUAGUGGGGUCCUAGUCGUAAAAGGGUAUUAUGAGAGGCAACGAGGAGGCAAAAGGAGACGAGGAGAAGAACAAGAAGAAGCCGAAGAAGAGCCUGCUUUGCUUUACUUGUGUACCAGAAUGUGUGUGUGUGUGUGUGUGCGUGUCUGUGAGUGAGUGAGUCAGUGAGUGUGUAUGCGUGUAUGUGUGUGUGUGAGAGUUAGGGUGGCGAUACAAGAAGAAGCUCUUCUCGUCCAUAGUGCUCUGCAGCAGCCUUUUGCUUGCUUUCUUGCCGCCUCUAAAUAGGCUGGCAUCUUUAAUCUCCCUUCGGACUUGCUCCAAACGAGUUGAGCGGGAAACAUCUCAAUUGUUUGGCACACUCGAGAUACUGGGAACACUUUUGACACUUCACACCGCGGGUGAAGAGGUUAAAAGCCCAUCAUCACUUGCAUAACCCCUUUCAACCACCACCACCACCACCGCCAUCAUCACCACCAUCAUCCCAACAAUACAGACUCAUUGCCAUUGUCGAGUGUCGGAACAGAGAGAUCCAAUUUCCAAUCCUUUAUAAAGUGUCAGUGACAACCCAUAAAUUGACGAGUGAUCAUCAUCAUCAUCAUUAUCAUCAUAAAUUCAUCAUCACUAUGCUCGGCGGUGCCACCACAAUGGGCCUACCCAAUGGCAAGCAGUUUCACCGCACGAGCUCACCUUUAGAUCUGGAAACCUGGCGGGACACGUUCCUCAAUGCGAAUUCCGCCAAAACUGAUGACUCCACAUUAGAUCCAAUGGAUGGAUCCUCAGAUCUAACCGGCUCAGGCGCCAUCAACCUCACAGCCUCAUCUCGGCCUCCAUCCACGCCCACAGCAGCCUCCCAGAACGGCCUCGAUCACGACUCACUUCCAGGAGGACCCGACGAUCAGGGAAAACAUCGCGGCGGACACAACGAAAAGGUCCGACGUCGAACACCCAGUGGAGACGAUCACCGAGUCACUUGUGGUGGCGAGGAGAAUGAAGUGGGGAGUGGCAAGGCCACGCCCACUCCACCCCCACCCUUGUCCUCGCUGUUCCCCCCGGGACUGCAACAAAUGCAACAGUUGCUCCAAUCCCAACUCGCAUCGAUGGGUGGGUGUGCGGGACCGCCUAAUGGGACCUUUGGUCCCACCCAAUUACAACAGUUUAUGCAACAACAAUCCUUACAACAUCAGCAGCACAUGGCCGAGGCCGGACGGAAGCAGCUGGAGCAGUUGAUGCAUCAGCUACAGGAACAACUCCAGAUCAAUCUCUUGCAACAGACCCACAUGAUGCAAACCACGGUGGACAAGGGUGGGAAACCGUCGGCCAAUGCCUUACAACAACUCCAAAUGCAGCAACAGCAACUCAUCUCCCAACUUCAGAUUGUUCAACAGCGAAUGCUCAUGAUGCCCAGUUUUCAACAUCAGAAGCACAAAGAUGCGGAUUACGGAGAUCGCGCUUGGUUGAAGGAGAAUGGCUGCUCAAUUAGACAGACUUUUGGGGGCUCGCACGCCUCUAAUCAAGAUAGUCCUAGUCCCAAGUUGUCAUCGUCAAAUAAGUCAAUUCAAGGGCCCAAACCGGAAAAGGAAAACACACCCCUGACCCCGCCCCCAUUGACCCCGAGGCGCGGGCUCGAUGCCAAUCUGGAUAAGCAUCCUUUGUAUAGUCAUGGUGUUUGCAAGUGGACGGGUUGCGAGACCCAUUGUGACGACGUGACGGCGUUUCUCAAACACAUUAGCUCUGAACAUGUCCUGGAUGACAAAAGCACAGCCCAGGCUCGUGUUCAAAUGCAAAUCGUCUCUCAAUUGGAACUUCAACUGCAGAAGGAACGUGAGAGGCUACAAGCCAUGAUGGCUCACCUCCAUUUGACGAAGGAGGCCGACUUGAAAAGUGGCAAAUCCCUCAACAACGAGGAAGUCCGCACAUCCAAAAGUGGCGAUUCCAUGCGAACAGGCAGCCCACUUCAAAGCAACGAGCGGCAAAAGAGUGCCUCGCCUCCGAAACUUCCCAAACCUCCGUGCCCUUCCUUGGGAUUAGGAGCUUACGGGUUUCCCUCGCCCAUGACGAGUUUGGCCAAUAAUCACAUGGGCAUUCACCCCACUCCACUAUCAGCUUUGACCGCGGCCGCCCGCAAUCCCACCAUGCCCGGACUUCAGCCUCCAAUGUCCACUAUGGGUGGACCCAUAAGACGGCGAUUGUCCGACAAAAUUCAUCUUCCUGUUCCAAAUGGACUGCCCUACAUGCUGGAUCGAACCGGAUUAGACAUUGCCCAAGAAAUAUAUCGCAAUCGUGAAUUCUAUCGUACUCAAGAUGUCAGACCCCCGUUUACAUAUGCCUCGCUCAUCCGACAAGCGGUCAUUGAGUCGCCCGAUCGCCAAUUAACUCUUCACGAAAUUUACAAUUGGUUCACCAACACUUUUGCAUACUUCAGACGGAACGCAGCAAGCUGGAAGAAUGCCAUUCGAACGAAUCUCUCGCUGCACAAGUGCUUCGUGAGAUAUGAGGACGAUUUUGGAUCGUUUUGGAUGGUGGACGAUGCCGAGUUUAUGAAGAGGCGACACCUCUCUCGGGGCCGCCCACGCAAGUACGAACCCGGUCCGACGCCCCCGCCCAACUCCGCCUCCUCAGCAGUGGCCUCACCUGCCUCCAACACUCCACUAUCCAAGGAGGGUGGUCUCAAUACAAACGCCACCCUCGAGGCUGGAUCAGGGGGACAGGGAGGCUCGUCCUCAGCGGGAGGAGGUGGCGACCGGGCGGCUGGUGGGCGUUUUGGUCUUAGUAAUGGCCCGCCUUCACAAACGAAGAGCCCGGCGCCGUUUCUUCCCAAUCCUCAUUUGUACAAUGAGGCUCUGAAUGCCAGUCUGCAGACUGCCCUUGGGUUUGGGCCUGGCGAUGGACCAGGAGCGGCCAAUCUCUCGUUUUUGAACCAGACCAUGGCCUCGGCUUUGCACCAGCAACGAGAACGCGAGGAGAAAUCUCAACAAUCCCACUUAAAUAACAACAAUCAUGCGCUCAACGAAAGGAACAUGAAUAUGGAUUAUGCCAAACACCUGCGCAACACCACUAACUUCCUGAACUCAUUGAGUGAGCGGCGUUUAGAUCGGGACUCGCCAGAUUGUCGGAGUGUGACCGACCACGACGAAGUCAUCAAACCUGAUGUCGGCAAACCCAUGAACGGCACGAAUCCUGAGGACGAGGACAUUGCCGAGCACGAUCAGAGCUCACCGGGGAUGCUGAACAAUGAAGACCCCAUGGAUUCUUCGAUGAGUACGGACUACAACGGAAACAACGGCAAUAUCAAGAUGGAAAUGUCCAACGGCGGCAAAGUUCAUCAACAGCAAAUGGACAAGGACAUCAAGCGAGAGAAAUUUGAAAACUGAAAGUCCAUCCUCGCCGAGUUCUGUAUGUGUGAUGCAUGACGAUCAGAUAGGAUGUAGGCCCGCUUCAUUGAUUAUUCGAGAAACCCCGAAUGACACAUCGUGUUUAGUAUUGUCGCCCCCCCCCCCAA